AUGACUCUAAGAAAAGCCAGCGGUGGCAGCAUGGAGCUGGAUGAGUGCACCAUUAACCCGGGGUACCAGGAUGCAGAAGACGGGGGGUCCUCGGCGGACCCCGGGGAGAGGAACCAGGACCUGGCGGAGGAGUACACGCAGAUCAAGCCGUACGCCGGUAUGCCGAAGGAGGUGCUGCUGCUGUACUCCUCCCAGGCCCGGUAUCGCGUGCCCCGGGAGAUCCUCUUCUGGCUGAUUGUGGCCUGCACCCUGGCUCUGGUGGCUCUCACCGUCACGGUCAUCGCGCUGUCCCCGCGAUGCCUCAGCUGGUGGCAGGCCUCCCCGGUGUACCAGGUGUACCCCUGCUCCUUCAGGGACUCCGACGGGGAUGGGGUGGGAGACCUGAAAGGAAUUCAGGAGCAGCUGCAUCACUUUGAGUACCUGAACAUCAAGUCAGUGUGGAUCAGUCCUUUCUACCGCUCUCCCAUGAAGGACUUCGGCUACGAUGUGGAAGAUUUCCGGGCCAUCGACCCUCUCUUUGGGACCAUGCUCGACUUUGAAGAGCUCCUGGCUGAAAUGCACAACAAAGGUCUGAAGCUGAUCAUGGAUUUCAUUCCCAAUCACACCAGUGACCGACACCGCUGGUUCAACUUGAGCCGGACUGGAGAUCCUCACUACAAGGAUUACUACGUCUGGACCGACUGCAAUGCAACUGCUCCAAAGCCCAAUAACUGGGUGAGUAUUUUUGGGAACUCGUCAUGGACUUAUGAUGACUUGAGAGGACAAUGCUACCUGCACCAGUUCCUUAAAGAACAACCAGAUCUGAACUUCAGAAACCCACAUGUCCGCCAAGAGAUCAUCGAUAUUAUCCAUUUCUGGCUGGGGAAGGGAGUGGACGGGUUCCGGAUGGACGCUGUGAAACACAUCCUGGAGGCCGAACACUUGAGGAAUGAACCACAGGUGGACCCCAAACAACCUCCUGAGGAUGUGACCACAGAGUGGGACCUCUACCACGACUACACCACCAGUCAGCUGGGCCUGCAUGACAUGCUGAGGGAGUGGAGGGCGGAGAUGGACAUCUACAGCCGGGAGCCAGGCAGAUACAGGUUCAUGGUGACAGAGUCGUAUGAUUACCACGAGGUGGAGAAGACCAUGAUGUACUAUGGCACCCCGCAGGUGAAAGAAAGUGACUUCCCCUUUAACUUCUACUUGCUGGACCUUCCUCAGAACCCAAGCGGCAUGUGGGUUAAACAUCUGGUCCACUUGUGGAUGGGCAACAUGCCCAAGGGACAAUGGCCAAACUGGGUGGUCGGGAACCAUGAUAGGUCUCGAAUUGCCUCCAGUGCUGGUCAGAUCUACGUUCGUGUCAUCAACAUGCUGCUGCUGACCCUCCCGGGCACCCCCACCACCUACUACGGAGAGGAGAUCGGCAUGGAGAACAUACAUGUCACAGACAGUCAGAUACUGGACCCUGCCGGAAAAUACAACUCCAGUGCCAGUCGGGACCCCCAGCGCUCCCCUAUGCAGUGGAGUGAUGACAUAAACGCAGGCUUUAACACCAAAAGCAACAUCACCUGGUUGCCUGUUCAUCCUGACUACAGUAGCGUCAAUGUGGAGGUCCAGAAGAAAGAGCCAGGUUCUGUCCUGGCUCAGUACCGUUUCCUGAGCACCCUGCGUCAGUCGGAGCUGCCCCUGCACCGCGGCUGGUUCUGCUACGUCCACGCCGACGCUAACGUCUUCUCUUACCUCAGAGAGCUAGAAGGGCUGGGCCGAGCUUUCCUCAUGGUGCUAAACUUUGGUAAAGAAUCUGCCAUCACAGACCUCUCCUCGAUCAGGGAGCUACCGGACCAGCUGAAGGUGCUGAUGAGCACAAAACAAGUCAACAGCGGCAAGGUGUUACAAAAGUCUCACAUCCCCACAGAGGUAGGAGAGGGUUUGCUUAUCCAGUACUCCACCCACACCCGGUUUAACCCCACCCACCCUGACCAGUGCUACGUCUCCGAGAAGGCCUGCUAUUUAAGUGCCGUGGACAUACUUUAUAAAUGCUAA